GAGCGGUGCACAUGUAAAAACACCGGGGACCCGAGUUGAUGAAUGAAUUAAAUUCAGAUGGAUUAUUGGAAUCAUAUUCAUCUCUAAAUUGGAUAUAAUAAGCGCUUUACUGAGCCUACCAUGCUGAGGUGGUGAGACUGGGUGGUCACAGUGAUAUGGUAAUGUCAAGUGAAUGACGCAGGACACUGACAGUACUGGCUACAACAACAAGAAACAGCAGUGGUUUGCCUGUGAUGAGUGGCGACGGCACUGGUUUGGGUCCCCCUGGCCCGCUCGCAGGGUAUUGGGAAAAAAUCCAGGAACGCUCAGCUUUGUUGGAGACCUGUCCAUGGUGUGCUGCUAAAGGACGGUGUCUGGCCCUGCGCUCCUACAGGAUCAACUCCCAGGAGUUCAUCACUCUCUGCACUGACCCACAGUGCCUGUUUCCCUUGGUCUCUCGUCCUUUGGAGGAUGUCCUGGCCAGCCUGGUACCCCCUCUACACCAAACUCAGACAGGGAGCAAGAGGAAGAGCCCCUGCGGAUUGGAGAACGGAGACCCUGUACCUUCCCCCAAACAUGCACGAUCGGUGGAGUCCGAAGUGGCCGAGGACGCCAUAUCACAGAGUGGAGCUCUAUCAGUCAGCGGCAUCACCAACAAACUCAAUGGGGAAGAAGAGUGCUUUAAUGGGAAGAAGGAGAGAAUCCGCCAAUCAGAACACACCAACAUGGAUGUGGUGAAUAAAACCCUCAAACACACACUUCCUGAGACUGAGAGGGGAGGGGCCAACGCAUAUCACACGGAUUCUGGUUGGUCGAUGCCAGAAGAAAUGGACCAGGAACUUCUAGAAGAGGAACAAGAUGGUGUCUUUCGCCCAGAGGACGGUACACCAACUUUAGACGAGGGUUUUCCUCUCCAAAAUAAGACUUUACCAGUCUUACAGGUGUCCGUUUCUGCUGUAGAGUCUGCUGUCGAGUCUGCUGUAGAGUCUGCUGUCGAGUCUGCUGUCGAGUCUGCUGUCGAGUCUGCUGUCGAGUCUGAGGGUGCACAAAAGGAGGUUCUCUAUACUUUACAGGAGGCUGUAUUUGCCCGAGAAAAUACUUUUUCUGCCCCUCAAGUAGCCAUUUCUCUCCCAGAGAUGAUUUCACGUCCCUUACAUGUGGCCCUUUCUGCCUCAACGUCUGUCCCAGAGAAACCCCUGGCCAAGGCUGCCUUAGUGGAGGUUGUGUCUGCGCCAGAGGAGGUUGUGUCUGCCCCAGAGAAACCCUUGGCCAAGGCUGCCUUAGUGGAGGUUGUGUCUGCGCCAGAGGAGGUUGUGUCUGCCCCAGAGAAACCCUUGGCCAAGGCUGCCUUAGUGGAGGUUGUCCCUACCUUCGAGGACACAGUGUCUCUCUUAGAGGCUCUGACGGCCCCAGGGGAAGUUACACAAUCACGUCAGAAGGUUCACCCUCCCUUACAAAGGACUGUCAAGGUUGUGUCUGCGCCAGAGGAGGUUGUGUCUGCGCCAGAGGAGGUUGUGUCUGCGCCAGAGGAGGUUGUGUCUGCGCCAGAGGAGGUUGUGUCUGCGCCAGAGGAGGUUGCCAUGGCUCCACCUGCCAUGGAAGCUGUCCUGGUGUUGCAGGAUGCUCUGUCUGUCUUAGAGAAUGCUUCACCUGGCAUAAAGGAGGGUCUCUCUGUCUUAAAGAAAGAUGAGGAAGAGGAGUGUUUAAUCGAGGAGGAAGAAGUGGCUAUACUUGUGGCUUUGGAGGAUGUCCCUGCCUCAGAAGAGGUUGAGAAGGCUCUACCUGCUUUAGAGAAAGAUGAGGAGGAGGUGGCUACACCUGCCUUGAUGGAUAAUGAGUGCGGAGAGUAUGAUCUGUCUGUCUUUGACGAGGAAGAAUGCUCCCCAGAGGUGAUGUGUGACUUAAAUGUGAUGUGUAGGCCCUGUAGUGUGGACCUCAGUCAGAGCAAAGUGCCUGUUGAAGUUCAUGAUGAUGAUGAUGAUGAUGGUCCUAUCAAAGCUAGAAGAAGAGCUCAGAACACCCGGCAACUAAUCAGUAGCGAGGACGAGAUGACCGGCGAAGCCAUGGAAACAGAACGGGAACGAAGCGUCACUGAGGAAGUGGAAGUCGUGCCAUCACCAUCAAAGAAAAUGGGCCGGCCGAGAAAGACUCCUAUUAUUAAAUACACGCAGGUAGUGGUGCCCAUCUUUGACCCGGAAGUGAUCUCGACUGAUGAGUUGGUUCCGGUUCCCGGGCCUCACCUAUUCUGGAGGAAUGAGCAUAGUCUGUGUUGGCUGGACACCUUGCUGGUAGCGCUGGUCCACCUUCACACCCUGAGGGACAGACGGCCCACCAAGAGACCCACUGUAGGUCAACCUGUCUGGGACCUGUGUGAGACUUACAACCGGGCCUGUGGUCUCAUCACAGCCUACCAACACACUGGCGCAGACGGUGUUGUCAGAGUGCCCUCUGCGGUGUUACAGAGGGUCCAAACUGAGAUGCAAGCCAUCAGGAUGUCCAUCUUUAGACUGCUGGAGCCGCUACUGAAAUGUAAACUGGGUCAGAAUGAGACACCUGUGUUUGCCCUGCCCCUCCUCCUCAGGGCUGACUCCUGGGCAGAACCUCUCUUCCAGCAAGCUUAUGAGUGGCAGUUUGAGUGUAUCUCAACAACUUGUCAACAUGCCACUAACACCAAAUGUAAGAAGACCCUCACCACUUUCACCAAGGUGCUUUCUGAUUGGCACCCUCUCAACGCAGCCCACCAAUCACGUUGCAGCAGGUGUAAUAAGAGGAAGCAGACCAGGAUGUUGGUGCUGGAGAGGGUGUCUCCUGUGUUUGUGCUGCACUUUGUAGAAGGUCUUCCUGACAACGACCUCUGCGUGUACUCCUUCACCUUCCAGCAGCAGGAAUACUCCGUCACCACAGUCAUACAGUAUGACCAGCAACUCAAGCACUUUGUCACCUGGAUACGCAGAACUGACGGAUCGUGGUUGGAGUUUGACGAUCUGAAGCACCCUAACUGUGUCUCCCACACCCAGCUGGUAGUCCCUCCUAGAGAAAUCCAUGUUGUCUUCUGGGAGUUGAAGACCGACAGACCGGACAACCCACAGACACCCUGCUCUCCCCCUGUAUCCCUGACAAGCACUUUACUGAUACACAAAGAACUGCAGCAACCUCCCUUAGCCAAACUCUUUGUCAACAAUGAAUCUCAAGACAUCUCUCAGACGGUCUCUGAUGAUGCGGACACUGACAUGGACACCACCAUCACUGCUGGCUAUAUUGAUAACGAUAUGGACGCAACAUUAACGAAUAACGUUAACUCUCCCAUCGCCAUCGGUUCCACCAGUGUGCUUCAUGGCGUACCGGUUCAAUCCUGUUACCCCAACCUCUCUCUCCCCCUCCUUCACAACGACACAGCCGUUGUCGAGGCACUGACUGUGUCUGACGAUACCGACAACGACAUCAUGGACGCCACGGUAACCACCGGUAAAGCUGGUAACUCGUCUAUCAGUAGCACCACACUGCUUGACACCUUCGAGGGCCUCUCCCACGAUGACGUUGUCACCCUGACGCUCGUAGAGAUCAAAGUUGGCUCUGAUGGGAGGCCGUUGGACGACAACGAUGUCUCCCUGGCUCCCAGGCAAAAUGGAGACCUCAGUCCUCCUCUACCUGCUCCUACACCGGAGGCUGAGAACCCUGCACCUGCCCAUGAAAUGCCCCCUGAAGGUGAAACGCCCCCUGAAACAGAUGUUGUCGUCAUCAAAAGGCCAUUGUCCCCUGAUACUGCCAGUGGGUUUCUCCAUGACAGCAGUGACGGUCCUUCUGAGCCCGACUCUGAAAAGCCCACUCCUCCUAGUCCUCCCAGGCUCAGAAGGGGCAGAAGCACCAGCAAUAAAGCCAAAAUGAUGGCAUCCAACACUCCAGUUGCACCAGCAGCUAAGGUGGUCGCAACAACACCACCAAGAACAGCUACACCAAUGGCACUUCCUGGAAAGUGUGGUGGAAUAAUCCUGCCCUCAGUUGUAUCUAUGAUGUCACCGUCAUAUGUGGAACCCAGCACCCCAGCACCAGAGGCCCCUACUCCCCCUUCUCCCCCGCCCCACUCCAAACCCGCUACUAUCUCCACCUCUCUGCAGAGCAAACCCGGCCUUCCUCCACCCCCGGACCCCAACUCUCGCUGGUCCUACCUGCUUAGCCUCCACCCCACCUCCAUCCCCAAUCCCCCAAGACCAACCAGUCACUUCAAACACUCAACACCCAACCGGUUCCAGCAGCUUUCACAUAGCUGGCAGACCCCAAGGAUGGCUCCCCCCAACCCAGACGCCAGGUUGAAGAAGCCUCCGCCGCCGCCUCUACCCAAACCCAAACUAAGUAAGGUGGACAACGAGGCCCUGCCGGUGAAGGCUGCCGAGAUGUACGGAGGGUUCCAGGCCAGAAACAUGAUCGUAAAUAUAAACAUGAACAGCCCCUCCAAGACUUCAUCUCCCACCCAGCUUCUCUCUCAAAGAACAGACCCUCAAAAUGGCGCCUGGAAGAUACAAAGUCAACCUCCUGCCCUCGUCUCGCGAAAACCCCUUAUCAACCACACCACUUCAGCAGUGCCUAUUGUGACCUCACUUCCUCCCUCUCCAGGAGUCACGGAGAUCCCUAAAAUCUCUUCCUCCAGGAAACACAGCCCCGGCGGUCAGGUCAGUGAGACCGAUGCCCUCAGGUACAAGCUGCUGAAGAAGCUGAAAGCCAAGAAGAAGAAACUAGAGAAGCUGAAUCAGAUGCUGGGUUACCAGGGUGGUGCGGGAGGACGGGGGGAAGGAACCUGCACACCAGACAUCACUGAUCGGAGUCCCUCCCACACUGUGAGCUCUAGUACCUCUGUCUACGACAGCCCCGCAUACGACCAGUUCUUUGCUGACCUUCUGUCGCCAGCGACGACCACCAGCAACCUAUCGCCGGACAGCACGGGUUUGCUGGAGAUGCUGACCACCAAUGAGCAAGAAGGGGGCGGGGACUUGGCGUGUGGGGGGAAUGGUAUUAGUGGAGCCUCACAGGUGGUGACACCUGUGAUCUUGCAUCCGGCCAAUCACGGUGUAGUAGUGCCACAGCCUGGUCUAGCCGAGCCAAUCACGACCUCUGGUGAGAACUUCCUGGAAGAGUUCAUAUCAGGGUCGGCCAAUCAGCAGACGGAGAUGGAGACUGAUACCCUUAGUGCUCUCGACCUGUUCUUUUAGGCAUGUUAACUACAGGUCUAGGAUCUGCUAACAAUUCUUACCCAACCCCUAAGCUUAAACGUUGGGGGGAAAUGCAAAGCUUACCUCAGAUCAGUGGCUAAGUCUACGUCUCAAAUGGCAUGCUAAUCCCUAUAUAGAGCCUCUGGUCAAAAGUAGCACCAUAGAGAUCCUAUUAAAUUAAACGAUUCUAAUUCCUAAUUAUAUGAGUAGUGCACUCUAAAGGGAGUAGUGUGCCAUUUUGGAUGCAUUCAGACAGUUUCUAGUAGAAACUGCAUGCUACUAUUUCUUUCAGUCGGGAGAGUGUGUGUGUGUGUGUGUGUGUGUGGCAUCAAUGGGUUGUUCUGUUCUGGGUAGCAUGUGUUACAUGAAGCGGAAUCAAACUGCCAUUUUAAAGAGAGAGUUCCCCUAAAUUACAAAGUGACAUAUUGGUUUUCUUACCCUGGAAGCAGUCAAUGGACAAGGUACGAUGGCGAUCCAUGCUUUGGUUUAGUUUCCCUGGCAUUGUUUCCACGUUUGUGGCACAAAUCCCAUUCAAGUCAUUGGACCAAUGUAUUAUUUUCUACACAUCCUGUUCAAAUCAUAUUCAAGUGACUUUGUUUAGAUUCACAAUGAAUUUUAAAUCAUUUUGGAUGGUUAGGACAGGAUGCAUGAAAAAUGCUAAUAUCGGUCCCUUGGAUGGGAUUUCUGAUACAAAUACUAAAACGUUAGCAUAUGGAAAUAAUGCCAGGGAAACUUAACCAAAGCACGGAUUGCUGUCAUCCAUAGACCUGCUUACAGGGUAAGGAAACCAAUGCAUCAUUUUGUCAUUUGGGUGAACUGUCCCUGUAACUCUGGUAAGCACUUGGAUAUCGCUCAUGUUUUUUUUUGUGGUUUAUCAAGAAUGUUGAAGUUGAACAUGGAGUAAUGUUAAUACUCACUGAGGGUUUGUCCUAAAUGGCACCCUAUUCCCUACAUAGUGUCCUGCUUUUUGACUAGGGUCUAUAGGGAUCUGAUCAAAAGUAGUGUACUUUUUUUAAAGGGAAUAAGGUGCCCAUUUGUGAUGGAGCCAUUGUACUUACAGGUUCUGAGGCUUUAAGGGAGAUUAAAAAUGGAGGUUGUUUCAGAGUAUUCUGGAACGUUAAUAGACCCAAUUAUUUGAUCCUGCUUUGUGGGAAAAACUCCCGAAGACAACAUAUGCUGUUUUUGUUUGCUUUUUUAACAUUUAGUUUGUCUGAAUUACUUGAAAACUAGGGGGGAAAAGCCUGACAUCUAGGAUAAAAAUAUGUUUGUGUUUUAAAGGGUGGUUCGAACUCUUAUCUUUUGAAUGUAUUUUUUGUAAUAAAAAACUGUGACAGAGUUCUAAAAUGUUGUACUGAAUCAGAUACUGUAUGUAAUUCUAAUAAAAUAUUCUUUACAUGGA